UAUUGAAAGUGGUGGAUAUUAAAUUAUUACACAUCUUAUCGACAUCUUCCCCAACCACCCACCCACUCCCUCCUCAUCCGCCACCCAUGCCCAUCGUUCUCAUUCUCCCGCGGCACGCUAGGCAUCUCUGACCGGCGACGCAGAUCUCCGGCCGGCCCGAGCAGUAAGGCUCGUUCUUUUUUGGCGGGCACGAGCUGAGGGGAGCUGGCCGUGCGCGGUGGUCACAGAAGAGACUGCAGAAGAGACUAGGGAGAGGAUGUACUCUCCUGGAGGUGAAGACGACGGUUUGUAUGGGGAACAUGGGUGUGAACAAGAUGAACCUGUAUCGGUUACGUCGAGGCUAUCAGUCAAGCAGGUUGUGACAGUGGUGCAAUCGUUCGGUGAGUACAAGAGGUGGCUGGUGUCGGAAAUAGGAUUUGGGGGUAUGCUAAAGCUGCCACUGAUAGCAAAAAUUGAUCUGAAAUUGAGCUUGUGGGUAAUGAGGAAAGUGGAGGUUGUGUCUCGUAUGAUUGUAAUUGAUAAGGAUCGGAAACUUCUAUUCACUCCAGAGGAUUUCCACAAGGUAUUUGGGGUGCUGUGCGGUAAUAGGGAUGUGCGUGGGAGGGAUGGAGACAUCAGCAUACGUUCUGUUGAGUUCAUCAAGGAUAUCAUUGGGAUGAACAGAUCUGCUGCUCACAGUCUGAAGGCUACUGAAAUAUUUCUAUACAGGGACAUAAAUGAGAGCUCAACCAAAAUGGAGAAGGACUGUUUCCAGAUUGCGUUUAUUAUUUUUGUGUUGGGAUAUGUGAUUGCUCCGUCCACGAAGCAUGACUAUAUGACGAUUGAUUUUUGGGGUGCGGUUGCAAAUCCGGAACUAAUAGGCCAAUUUAAUUGGUGCCAGUAUGCGAUGGACAAGCUCAUGGGUGCAGUCAUCAAGCUCAAGCAUGAUGAUGAGGAAAGGGCAGCGACUAUUAAUUUAUUCGGAUGCCAUUUUUUCUUCCAAAUAUUCCUUCUGGAUAAUAUCGAUCUGGGUUUGUUCAAUAUGAAACAUGACGUGCUCCCCAGGGUGCAGUGCUUUGAUGCAAAAAGACUUCGGGAAAUGAUCAUUAUGGCGUACUGUCCAAAAAAUGGAGCUGUAUCAUAUGUUCCUGCUACGCUGAGGCCGGCUGAUGAUGUAUGUUAUAAGAGUGUGUUACAUAUGAGUGAUGCGGUCGGUGGCACAGACAUUGAUGUUCAGAAAGAUAAUCCAUCAUGUUCGAGGCCAGUGUUUAAUAUUGGUGGUGUGAAUCCACCAUUGAGUGCCAUUUCGAGUCGUGCAAGCAUUAGUAAAACGAGCGUAGAGGGCAGCAAAUCGGCACAUGUUGUGAUGCCUGAUCCGCGCUCAGUUGGCCCCAUUGAGUUCUCUAGCCACGUUCGGCAGAGUUGUCAAGACGACCCGAUAUGCAUAUUGUAUUCUUUUUCAACAUACUUUUAUGUUCAAAAGUUUUUUUUUGUUUGUGCAUCCUUUUUACAUCCUUUUUUUGUGUUCAGUCUCUGCGGGAGUUGAGCUUAUUGCUGAAUGAGCAGAAUGCGAGAUGCAGAUUGAAUGCAUCAGAGCUGCGGAAUAAGAUGCAGGC